AAAUAUCAAUAAUUAUUCAACUCAAGGGAGAGAAGUGAAAGUAUAAACAAACGCUGCAUAAUUUAAAGAUCAAAUAGUAUUAUCUUAAUUGAACAAGUGAAUAGUGAAUUGAAAACUAUAUUUGAAGUGUCCACAUCCUGAGGGAAAGCAAAUAAACCUGCAUUUCAUUUAACUUUUUGAUUGGAGUGCGAAAACAAGUUUGUCAUUCAUCAGUCCUACACUAUCCAAGCAGCCGGCUUGCUGCAGUGGACAAAAAGUUUUUUCCUCGCUUUGGAACGAUACGGCAACAAAAUUAAUUACUCAAAGUUUCACAAUGCGAUGUCGCUUUCAGCGAUGUCGAAGCCAAUACUGUACUCGUAUUGGCGCAGUUCCUGCUCGUGGCGAGUACGGAUAGCACUGAACCUGAAGGAAAUCCCGUACGAUAUCAAACCGAUAAGUUUGAUCAAGUCCGGCGGUGAGCAGCACUGCAACGAGUACCGUGAGGUCAACCCAAUGGAGCAGGUUCCGGCACUGCAAAUCGAUGGACACACGCUGGUUGAAUCGAUAGCGAUUUUGCACUACCUCGAAGAGACGCGCCCGCAACGUCCGUUGCUGCCGCAGGAUGUACUGAAACGUGCUAAAGUACGCGAAAUAAUCGAAGUAAUCGCAUCCGGCGUCCAGCCACUGCAGAAUCUGAUUGUGCUGAUUCACGUGGGCGAAGAGAAGAAGAAAGAAUGGGCUCAGCACUGGAUCACGCGAGGUUUUCGAGCCAUCGAAAAACUACUGUCGACAUCGGCCGGUAAGUUCUGCGUCGGCGAUGAAAUCACGCUGGCCGAUUGUUGCCUAGUGCCGCAGGUGUUCAACGCUCGCCGUUUCCACGUGGAUCUGCGCCCGUAUCCGAUCAUUCUUCGUAUCGACCGGGAACUGGAGGGACAUUCGGCUUUCCGUGCCGCCCAUCCUUCGAACCAACCAGACUGCCCACCGGAAGCGGCCAAAUGAAGAGUGAGCCACUGAACUGCACAAAAAAAAACCCCCAGUCAGUAGUCGCCCGUCGUAGUAGUGCUACAAAAUUUUAUAACCGAAGAAUUUCGCGUUUGCCUAGUCGAAUUCUAAACGUUCAAAGUUUUACCGAUAGUAUAACAGGGGUUGGCACUUUUCUGGCCCAACUGUACUGCAGAUUAUUUACAUGCUAUAGGAUGCAACUAACGGAGAGUUUUAAACCUACAAACAAGAAAAAAAGUAACAAUAAGACGAACGCAGUCCUUUUCUCAGAAAAGCGCUGCUCAUCUCAAACUUCUGUCUCACUGCGGACGGGACAUUCCAAAAACAAACAAAACAAAAAAAAACAAGAUGACUAAUCGUAACAAUCAUCUAUAAAAUUUACGAUUUUAAUUCAACAUUCAUUAUACUUACUGUAUUAAUCAAGCAUCAAAAGUGAGAGUUUGUGUCUAUUAUCUAUCGACUUGCAUUUUGUCUAUUUCGGUAUCGCUUCUUAGUUUGAAAACAACGUGUUAGCUUUCUACUGUCGCUUGAGUUUUGUUCUUUCUUCUAUGUCUAUUUGAAUGCUAUCCAGAGAGAGAGAGAUAAAAAACGAACUACA